UAGGGUGCUGUGAUCGGUCUACGAGAAGGGAGUUCGGCGAAAGGGAGUGGCACUCCUCGUGGAGGUCUGGGCGUGUACACCUACCCCUCCCCUAAGCCAACGUUUUUUCCUAAGUGAUAAGUAAGUGUCAAAGUUGGCUUAGGGGAGGGGUAGGUGGGCAGUUUCCCAAAAACGUAUAAUCAUCCGAACACGCUUACAGAACAGCUCUAGUAGUGCAAACCUAAUGGCCGAGAUUUUCAAAACGUAACUACUAACAACGGGUGAUCGGCAUAAAAGCAAAUCAGUAUAACGCGACUGAUAAUAAAUUAGCAUACAUUCAGUCCUUGUCUUGUUCGUUAAUUUUUUUAAAACCUUUUGAAAAUCCUCCCAGAUUUCUUUUUCAAUUUCUCCAGAUGAUUGUUGGUUUUGUCUUAAUUUGUCUUGCUUUUUCUGCUAAUUUCUUUAGUAUAGAAUGUACAAAAUAGUUAAUUGACUGCCUUUUUUAUUUUAUGUUAGGAUUUCCAGACCAACUUCGAAAGAUACCGGCUAGAUUUUGAUUCCCUUCUGCGCAAAUCAGAAGACCUUGAUCAAGAUCACAACACGGGCAACAGGUACAGAGAAAGACCAGAAAAAGACGGCUGUUGAAAACUUGUUUAUGUUCUUCUAAAGUGUUAGCAAUUAAAAUUUUGUUUAGUGGUGGUACUGUUUUUUGGUUUUCAUUUGUUAAAACCUGUCCAAGUCUUUAAAUUGAUGCAAUCUCUUUAAGCCCAAAUAUCUCCUGAUCGACCUCCAUACAUUUCCUUAAAAAAUACUUGAGAACUUUGUUAACAGAUCGUAACAUUUUCCACUUUGUGAUCAUUUUAUUGAUUCUUGUAACCUGUUUAGUUAUUGAUAUUCGUAGAAGAAAAUUAAUGUUGGUCACUCGGAGGGUUUAAAAUUUUCUUCUUACUAUUGCGUUGUCUGUGACAGGUACAAGUCACGCUUGGAUGAUAAUGUGUCACGCGUUCGUCAGCUGUGGAGUUCGGUGCUUAGACGCGCAGACGACUAUAAAGAACAAAUUGGGCGACAAGUUGAUCGAUUAAAGGACUUCCAAAGAUCAAUUGAGGACCUAAUGAAAUGGAUGGAUGAUAUUGAGACUCACAGGGGAUUUACAGUCCCCUCUUCUGCCAGUAUUCAACAGAUGAAAGUUCACUUUGAACAUGUCAAGGUUUGAGAUUCUUUGGUGAUAUUUGUAACUAGAAAUUUUGGAAAGUUCUAGACUCAUAAUGACCAUACUAGCAAAAUUAGCCUUGAAGUUAUGAAUAUAUGAAAAUCAUAUAUGAAAACUGUGAGGUGAAGAAAUAAAUGAAAGAAGAUGCACCAGUAUCGCAGAGGUCAAGGGUUUAAUCCCGUACAAGCUUGAAUUUUUUCAGGCUUUCUUUUCGCAACUGCAAAAGUUGCGUCUAUAACUGCGAUGAUCUUCUUUCAUAUAAAAUUAGCCAUGUCGUUAAAUCCUCUUACAUCUCCUUUGUCGUUUUCCCUUAGCUUUUGGGUAUAAAGUGACCAAUGGGUGUAAACAAUGAAAUGCGUCAAUGGUAAUAAGAGAGAUACUAGCGACCCUUAGAAUGAACUAUAAGGACGAGAUUAUGAUUAUUUAAGUUUUCAAAAGCCGUUCGUCGCUUGUCAUACGAUCUUGUCCCUUUAAUUUUCUUUGUGCUAGUCAGCAACAAGAACGAUAAAGACUUGGCAGACAUAACGGGCUUGAAAUUUCAAUCUCGUGCUUUUACUCAGAUCUAAAGUUUACGAAUAGAUACAUGUACAGUGCAUGAUGAGACCGCCAUUGACGGAAAGCGAUUUUUAAGUAAUUAAAUGCUAUGUAACACAUUUCUGUUCCGUCAGAUGUGCCAAAAAGAGAUCAACGCUCGAAGGCAAGACUACAACGAUGUCUGCUUCACAGGUCAGCGAAUUAUCGACGAAUGCAAGGGAAAUCUAAGUAGUCAGGCCGCCAAAGAACUUGAGAAAGUUACGAGAAGAUGGGUUCUGAUCACGAAUCGAGUCACGACGAACCAACAACAGCUGGAGUUGUCACUUAAAGAUUGGCAGGAAUACACCUCACUGACAGAAAACUUGAUGGUGUGGUUGAGAGAUAAAGAGAAGAUACUCAGGGCUCAGUCCAAAGCGGCCACAUACCGGGAGCUUGAACGAGAAGUUGACGCCAUGAAGGUGAUUAUUGAUCAAUACAAAACAGGCUUAGAGUAUUUAUUUAGGUAAAAGAGUAUUUCACAUGCCGGGCUUUAGAACUGGAAGAAAUCUGGGCCAAGUUAACUUUCGCAAAGGCUUCUGGCACCGUUACUGGGGUCACGGGAAAAUCUGGCCAAUAGCUGACGAGCUAGUCCCGCGUAACUAUCCCAGAAACAUUUGCGGGAGACAUUUCGGCACAAGUCCCCUUAUCGUUUCUGAAGUGACGCAUUCUUUCUCUUCUCCGCAAAGAGGGAGAAAAACGACGUGGACCCAGCUGCUCGAAAGGCGGUUGUCGCAAACCCUGAGAUAAGUUGAGGAUGAUAGUUUUUUUUCCUUUUUUCUAUCCAAUGACGAAGCCCACGUAGAAAGAAAAUCCGAAUUCUUCCGUUACGAGUCGAUCCCAUAACCUUUUGGUUUCAAGUGCAUAUUUUCUACCAGUGCGCUACAGGAGACUAAUCCGUUAGGUCCGUUAAACUAGGUGUAUGAGACAAACAUCCCGCCAUGAAGAAAGAAUGCUGUUUUGACUGGAAAGUCGAUAUGUGGCACAUUCGAAUUGAUAUAAUUGUGAUGUCAUUGUUAGUGCUAACUGGCACUUACAGAACAUUCUAGAAUAUUUGUAGACUGCAAAAAAGUGACUGAAAGGUUUGGGCAAACUUUGUGUGUGUUUUCAAUUUCAAAAUAAGCGAUAAUUUUCAUUCAUAAAAAUGUACUUGCCAAGCCCUUUCCCUAGCCUGCGAGCAGGCUCAUUUGUACUAGUUGGGGGAAGAUUUCGGCGGUGGAGCCGACAUCGUGCGAGGAAAAGUGAUCGCACGAUGCAAUGGUGCCUCCGCUGCCAGACCUUCCCCGUAUUGCAUAAUUGAGCCUGCUCGUAGGUUACUCUAUCCCCUUCCAGUCGCCACAUCCCUGUUCGCCACUUAAGAAAUGAGGAAACUCGGCCUAGUUAGCUGUCACAAAGACUUCUGGGAUUGUUACUGGAGACACGCCGGUCAGCUAUUGGCCAGCUUGUUUUCCCUGUCCGAAAGUUAAGUCGGCCCAGUUUCCUUCUCGGUUCUAAAGUAGCGACGACCUUGUAUCUUCUCUUUUGUUUCAACAGGCCACUGCAGGGGAAAUCGAGGUGCGAAAACCACAGCUGGAGAAAAUCUCCCGGCGAGCUGAAGAGCUUUCAAAAUCUACUGACCAGUACGAUUCAGAGCGAAUAAGAAAGCAGGUGGCCUCCAUGACCACCCUGUGGGGGAAUGUUUGUCGCCUGUUAUCAAGUUCUAUUCAGACCUCCGCUGACAUUCUGAGACAAAUGGAAGAAUUUAGUCGGCUGCACGAGACACUGUCUGAUUGGCUCGCAAAUAUCGAGUCGUCGGUGUCACGUGAUCUUGAGGAGUCGUUUCUUAGUAUCCCGGAUGAUGAAGGAGAUACUGUUUUCCAGGUUUGUCUCCUAGAUGUAAUUAGCUCAGUUACAAUGUCUGUGUACCCAUCAGUGAAUGACAAGAAAAAGGGAAAUCCAUUUUGAAAAAUAUUGUGAAAUAAAUAGCAUCAUGACAAAGUACUUUUCAAGAGGUUUCAUUUGGAUGGUUACACCACAGCAUCGCGUCAAAAGACACUGAAGUUUGAGCUGUAUUUCUUAAAAGGGAUAGAAUGAAGCCACUUUACUUUUAAGUGCAAAGGACAAGAUUGAGUAAAUAUUCAUAAGAUGUUUGUCUCUUCACACAGGUGUACGUUGCGGAUAUCGAGAGUCACGAAGCAACCAGAUCUACCAUGAACGAAAGCGCUUAUUACGUCAUUAGCAAGGCGGGCGGCACGCCUUACGCAGGCGCAGUAGCCGAGAAGCAGAAGCAUUUAAAUGACCGCUGGCGCGCCUUGUGUCAGCAGUUGGGUAUUACGUACAAGAAGGCCGAAGAGACUCGCUAUGGGCUGAAACUUCUUGAGAUUCAGCUAAAGCAACUGAACACGUGGAUGACUGAGCUGGAAAGCCGAUUGGUGGAUUUCACUGUGGUGCGAUUGUGUGUCGUAGCGGAGAUUCACAAAAAAGUGAAAGAAAUGAAGGUAAAAUUGAAAACCAGUUAUAGUCAACGUGAUGACCCAAGGGCCCUUUGCAGAAUACUGUCACAUGGUACAAAAUAAACAAAAAAAGCAGUGGGACCUUGAAAAGUAAGAAUGUUGAUUUAAUCUCUUGGGUUUUUUUGCCUCUCAGCGUCGUUUGUUAUCCAGCAAGUUGUUUUUGUACCAUGUGACCGUAUUCUGCAAAAGACCCUUUACACAAAUUAAAUUAGUCACUUGAUUUGUUUACUUCCCCAUUGCCUUCGUUAAACAGGUCUUUCAUUUACUUUUAUAAUUUUUAGGACGCGGAGUCCGAUGUUGAAAGACGCGCCACUGAUGUACAAACGGUUCUUCGACUUUGUGAGGUACAUAUAACAUGUUACGUAGUAAUCGCUUGUAGGUUAUACUCGUUUGAGAAAAGUGAAAACCUUUCUGUUGUCUAAGAUUUGCCUUUAAGAUGUUUAAGCAGAUGCAGAUAAGCUCUUAUAUUGUGUAGCUUAUUUAGCGAAAGCUAGGUCAUUGUACGUUGUAACACUAACUACAAGUAAUUCAUUCUGUGACAGAAACUUCGACGUGAUCGCGUGGCUUGCCCAUCUGAAGCUGAUCGUCACAGCCUACAGAGAACUAGGGAGAGUUUUGAAAACCGCUGGUCAAAUGUUCGCCGUGCCGUGGCGACCAAAAAGAGGCAAGCUGAAGAGAGGCUGUUUCUGUGUAAAGAGUUUUGGAAUGAAUACGAAAAGUUUGUGGAAUGGAUUGAGGAAACGGAGAACGCAGUGAAAAGAUCCGAAGAAGGGUUGAUAUCAGGAUUGGCGAUCUCUAAAAGCAGACUUAAAAGUUUUGAGGUGAGAUAAGCAAAAACCAAAUACGGUUAAACCCGUUAAUAGGGACUCUGAGGGGGCCAUAGAAAUUGUCCGUAUUAAAGGGGUGUCCGUAUUAAGCGGGUUGAAUUUAGAGGAAGAGUAAGAGCUUUCUUUCCCCAGGGACAAAGCAAACUGUCUGUAAUAAUGAGGUGUCCGGGUAAAGCGGGGGUCCGUAAGGCGGGGUUUGACUAUACCACAACUUUCAAUACACCGUAAUUUUUAGGGAGUUAUUAUAACUCCAAAAGUGGAGUAAAAAUUUUAGGUACAGGAUAACCCCUUUUUUGGGGUUACUUUAACUCCUAAUUUAACUCCAAAUUUGGGGUCAUUUUUACUCCUGAAAAAGAGUUCUUUUUACUCCCAGUCUGGGUUGUUUUUACUCUUUUUGGAGUUAAUUUAACUCUGAAAGUGGAGUAAAAAUUGUAGGUACAGGAUAACUCCUUUUUGGGGGUUAUUUUAACUCCUCAAUAUCUGCGGGUCACUUUUACUCCUGAGAAAGAGUUCUUUAAACUCCUUUUUGGAGUUAAAGUAACCCCCCCCCCAAAAUAACUCCACUGCAAGGAGUUAAAUUAGCCCCCUUAGAGGAGUUAUGAUAACUCCUUGAAAAUUACUAAGUAGGAAUGUCUUUAAGAAUUAUUGAUCAUUUGAGAGCUAUAUUUAUCUCUCGACAUUGUGUUUACUGCGAUAUUCAGUCUACACGAAGUUGAGCCGGGACAAACCCUGCUGCGUCUCGUUUUUCGAUCCCUCUUUUCAUACACUAAGCUUGAUACACUAAGCUUCAUGUCGUGUUGAUGUUUUAACCCUUUAGAGUGAUUUUACUUAACCUGUGAAAUAGGUAGUACAAUACCACGCACUAUUAUGCACUAAUUAUAUUGUCUUCUUUUGUUUAUUUGUAGCUAUUUUGCACUAGUUGUUACAAACUGUUUCACGGGUCAAGUAAAAUCGCUAUAACUCCCAGAAGAGAUUGGCAUAUUACUUCUCCAUAUCAUAUGAAAGCAUUGUCCAACAGAUAGGUGGUGAAAGUAGAUAAAUUUAUCAGUCAAUGCCGUAUUGAUAUAACAUCAAAUUCUCUUAACCAAUGUAAAGUAAAAUGUGAGAAUUACAUGUACUAAUCAGAUAUUGGGAUUCAAAUGGUUAAGGCAUGCAAGGUCGCCACAAGUUUACAGUGCCAACAUCGACGUAAUUAAUUCUUUGUUUGUGGUCAUAGGUUUUUCUCAAAGAUAUCACCUCCCACCGACCCCAGAUGGAACGCAUAGUUAAGCGGAGUAAAUAUUUGUUAUUGGACGUUAACACGAGUACUGCAGCCGAUAUCAGACUCGGUGUGGAGUCCGCACAAGCUCGUUGGCAGGCUAUGAAUAGCCGUGUAGAGCGCCUUGUAAAUAGACACACGAAGCUGACAGGCAGAGCAGAGAAGUUCGAACAGCUUCGCCAGGAAGUGUACAGCUUUCUCACGGAAACGGAACUGAAGUUAAUUUCUCUCGAUCCUUACACGUCAGACACAGAGCCGCGAGUCCAACUUGAGAAACUCAAGGUAUAGUCAGUUGACUUUGAGACUGAGAAUCAACCACUAGUAGAAGUUUAACGAUAGGGAAAAAAAUGUCCUUACUGGCACUGACACAAGACACUGGGUCCAAAUGCGUCCCUCAAGACAGUGCCAUAGUCUCAGUCUCACGUAUUCUCACGCCUCGAGCUGGCCGAUAGCAGGCUUCGCUUUAUUGGUUUUCCACUGUAAUACACUGUAUAAUAGGGAAUAGGGAACCUGGUGCCGAAAUGUGUUCCGCAAUUGUUUCUGGGAUCGUGACUGGUGACGCGCCUGUCAGCUAUUUGCCAUUUUUCCCCUGUCCCUAAUAACAGUCCCAGAAGUCUUUGCGACAAAUAACUCGCCCCCUUCUCUUCUCCUUUCUAUUGUGGCGAAUUGGACCUGUGACGGAAUCUUGUUUUAUUCUUGUAAAUGCGUAGAAUUCUUAUUUUAGUUUGUAUUGUGAUUAGUCAGGAAGUUUAAUUUUAUUGUUAUGCGUACGACCACAUCAGCUUUGUUGAAUUUUUAAUCGUGUUUAAAUAAUUGGUAUCAUUAUUAUUAUUAUUGUUAUUGAUCAUUACAACUGAGGCUGAGGUUUUGGGUGUAAAAGUCCUUCAGGGUGUAAAACAUGACCUAUCGUAUGCUUGCUGGUGGUCCUCUUAUCGAAGGCCUUUGUUCAAAUCUGGACCAGCGGUCAGCAAACAAAAGGUUGCGUGUUAUGUCCCAAGUGACUUAAUGAUAAGGUAUACUUUGUUCGAGCGAUUCAUGGUGUUAAAAAAUAACAAUUUUUUUGUUCGUUCAAAUCAUUGAUUAUUAUCAGGGUUUACAACGACUAAUCAACAUGAACUACUCGAAGUUAAAGUCUUUGCUGCAAGAAGGCAAGUCCAUGCGUGAAUGCUGCUCCUCGACAGAAUUCCAGUCCGUGCAGCAGACGAUGGAUGAACUCAACACGAGGUGGCAACAGGUAACAAAUUUAUCAGUUCAACAGAUGAUUCAAUUCGUAACAAUUAAAUGAAACAACAGAAGGUUAAAAAUUCCAUCUGGCGUAAAACAAACCAUUUGGCUAUGCCAUUUGAGAGUAUGGUCGAGGUGUUAAAUCCUGGACUACUGAGAGAUUUCAUCCACUUCUAAAAGAUGAGGCAUAUUACUCUAAAAGUCUCCAUAACAAACCGUUCGCCACUUUAGAAACGAGAAGGAGACAGGAGCCGAAAUGUGUCCCGCAAUUGUUUCUGGGAUCGUUGUCCCUAGCAACAAUCCCAGGAGUCUGCGCGGCUAAAGUCAUUAACUCGGCCUAGUUUCCUCGUUUCCAUAGUGACGGCUGACGAAUGGAAACGAGUUUGAGGGGUAGCGUCAAGGGCGUUUUCUCAGCACCAAAUCCUAGAACGUAACUGGAGAAAUUCGAAACAUCUGUGCUUUUUAUCUUUCUUUGCUCCAGGCUCUUCACUGUUGCAUGACGUGGAUCCUAGACCUGGCGAUUCCAAGUCCUAGUACCAGUCCUUCUGCGUCAAACACAAGUGGAAACACCCCAUCUAGGUAG